UUGUACAUACAUAUGUAUGUAUGUUUUUGUAUGUAUGUAUGUAUGUACAUACAUAUGUAUGUACGAAUGUUUGUCUCUGGGUUUGUUGUGCUUCAGUUUCAGGGUCAAAAGUGCAAUAACGUGUGUGCACUCCAGUAAUUAGCGAACAAACAUUCCAUGCACGCGCAUUCCACAAGCCAGCAGCAACAACAAAAAGCAGCAGCAACCGCAGCCAAGGUCAUGCAGCCAUGCGACAGCCAAAAGGCUCAACUCCAGCCAUGUCCAACCUGUGCAAGCUGUCUCUGCAGCCUAGCCCAAAACGAUGAGCCCAUUGUGGUUGCUCUGGGCCAACAAUGGCACUGUGACUGCUUCCGCUGCUCCGUUUGCGAUGCGCAUCUUCACAACUGGUACUUUGAGCGUGAGGGAUUGCUCUAUUGCCGUGAUGAUUACUACGCCCGUUUCGGUGAUGCCUGCCAGCAGUGCACGGAAGUCAUCACAGGUCCGGUCAUGGUGGCUGGCGAACAUAAGUUUCAUCCUGAGUGCUUCCGCUGUGCCGCCUGUAGCGCUCCAAUAGGUGAGGGCGAGGCCUAUGCACUUGUCGAACGUUCCAAGCUGUAUUGCGGCCAAUGCUAUUGCAAGCGUCAGCAAACAGCGGGAGCGGGGGCCUGUGAACUGGACGCCAAGGCCAUAACGACCGCUGUGGCGGGAGCAGCGCGUGGUCAGAGUAAACCCAUGCAUUCCAUACGCCUCGUGGAUAUACCCAAGGAUGCGACGCCGGGACUGCGCGUCGAUGGUGGCGCUCUCGACGACGGCUGUCCAACAGUGCGCAUUACGGAAAUCGACGUUAACCUCACCAAUCUGCACAUCGGCGAUCGCAUUCUGGAGGUCAAUGGCACACCAGUCAGCGACUCAUCCGUUGAACAGAUCGACAAGCUCAUACGCACCGAAAAGAUUCUGCAGCUGACCGUAGAGCAUGAUCCGGUGCAGGUGUGUCGCAGUUGCAGUCAGGCUGACAUUCAACGCGCGUGUUCCGCCUCAACCCUGGCGUUGCCGCUGACGACAUCUGCCUCCAGUGUCGAGGUGGGCGGCCGGGAGCGUCUCUAUAAGGCUGCCGAGCAAAGUGCUAAGGCGCGAAAGAUGCGCAAAACAGCUGCCGCAGCAGCAGCAACGGCAAUUAGCAACAGCAACAGCAUUGUAAGCUCACCCACCACCCCAUUAAAGGAGAAGGAACGCUGCUCCAGCCUCUCCAAACUGCUGGAUGAACAGCACACGGCACUACAGCAUUCGGCACACCCGCAACUCUACGACUUGUCGCGCACCCAAAGCUUUCGGGUCGUUGAGAAGCCACAGCGCAUCUUUCGACCCUCCGAACUGGUGGUGGGCGAGAAACUAGGCGAGGGCUUCUUUGGGAAGGUGUACAAGGUGACGCACAAGCCUUCGGGUAAGGUUAUGGUGCUCAAGGAGCUGCAUCGCGCCGACGAGGAGGCGCAGCGUAACUUCCUUAAGGAAGUAGCCGUGCUCCGACAGCUAGAUCAUCGGCAUGUGCUCAAGUUUAUUGGCGUACUCUACAAGGACAAAAAGCUGCAUAUGGUAACGGAAUAUGUGCCAGGCGGUUGCCUCAAAGAGCUCAUCCACGAUUCAGGAAAAACACUAAGCUGGACGGAACGUGUCGGGUUUGCGCGGGACAUUUCCUGCGGCAUGAGUUAUUUGCAUUCCAUGGACAUUAUACAUCGCGACCUUAACUCAAUGAAUUGUCUGGUGCGUGAGGAUCGUUCGGUCGUUUUGGCCGACUUUGGUCUGGCGCGCAGUGUCGAUGCACCACGCAUAGGCGGGGCAGGCUCAACGGCAGCAUCGGGUAGUGGCAGCAUCAAUGGAGACGCCUUGUCCCUGGCAUCAGGCGGUUCGCCACUCAGUGGGAGUGGCACACUACGUCGCAGCAAGAGUCGACAGCGACGACAAAGGUACACAGUAGUGGGCAAUCCCUACUGGAUGGCACCCGAGAUGAUGAAGGGCCUUAAGUAUGACGAGAAGGUGGAUAUCUUCUCCUUCGGCAUAAUGGUGUGCGAGAUCAUAGGCCGCAUUGAGGCCGAUCCGGACUUUAUGCCGCGCAACUCGGACUUCAGUUUAAAUCAACAGGAGUUCCGCGAGAAGUUCUGCGCCAACUGUCCAGAGGCCUUUUUCAAGGUGGCGUUUGUCUGUUGCGAUCUCAAUCCGGACAUGCGUCCCUGUUUUACAACGCUACACGUCUGGCUUGAGCGUCUGGCCGCACAUUUAGCCGUCAAACAAGCCCCUCCGAUUGUGCUGCUAAAUGAGAUCGAAAACUUCCAAGAGAGCUACCUUAGCUCUGAGGAUGCGUUGUCACCCACAUCGCAGCGCAGUCUCGACAAUCUGGACGUGGUGUGCGAGCAAGAAUCACCCGAACCAUCAAAGCAACAAAUGAAAGCAGCAGCUCACAAGGAAACGUCGCCUCCUGCUGCCUUACUUUCCUCUGGCGAAGAAAAAGAGAAUGUAACAAUGCGCACAAAAGACAUACCGAAGUCGCCACAUCUGGGCAAGGAUUUCUCUCCGACGGGUGAGCGUCUGCGCGACAGCAUGCGCGCUCGACGCCGCCAGCGUUUUCUGGGCGCCCAGCAACAACGACGCGGCCUCACGCCCGAGACUACAUCGACAGAGCGAGCACUCAAGCAUGCGUUGAAGAAGUGCCGCCCCUUUGGUGAGAAGGGUUUUCUGGUGGAUCUCAAGCCAGGCGCUGAGCUACAGCUGCAGGAUGUGCGUGACCUCAAUAACUACUCGGAUUUCGAUUCAAGCUGUGAUACCAGUCUCAACUAUCAAGAGGCCAAUGCGCCGCUUGUGGCAGAAGAGCAUGCGGUGGAGCAGCUGACAGAGCAGGUGGACUCUCAUGAACAGCAGGCAUCGAUGGCACCACCGCAGGAGCUAUCAAAAUUCCGCCUGGCUAUCGAAGACAUUCGUACACGCCUACAAAUAGGCCACAGUAAAUUCGAGCAUUUGGACGAGGCGAAUCGAAAGAAUUUCAGCCAAUCUCAGCGCUCGAUGCGUAAUUUCUUUAAAACGCCUCCGGCGGCUCUCAAAAUGUUCCAGCGACUGGAACAUGCAGCGCUCAAUGGCAAUGAUAAUGUCGCACGCACCCAGCGUAUAAAUCAAACACCCAUCUUUGGGCGACGUUUAUUGCCACGAAUACCACUGGAACAUGCUGAAUCAUUUGAGCAUCUGGCACCGGGUCCACCAAAGCCGCCACGUCGGAACCUUUUGCCUUUGGAGCCCCUGAACCUCGGCAGCCGUGUCUCAGCUCCAGCGCCAGCUCCCAAACGCAGCAAAGCCGCACAACCACCGCAAACAGUAGCACCGCCACCGCAAGCAGUAGCACCGCCACCGCAAACAGUAGCACCUCUACAUCCAGCUCCCGCAACACCACCAAUGACGCUCACAUGCACCGUCGAGCUGCAUGCGGCCAAAAUUAUGCCGCCCCUGCUUCCCGACUACAUGUACAAGAAGCACAAAAUGACAUUGCCCUUGUCUAAUGCGAGUGGUACUCCCCCACGAUCCCAAACUCGUGCCACCGCCAAGCAGAAAGCGAGCAAACCUUCGCCGACCGCGUCGCCGACUUAUGUGAGCAGCCACCACCCACCGAGCAACUGCGUGCCUCCUACACGUCCACGUCCUGCAUCACCUCUCAAGCAUUUAGCACAAAGACACACAGCCGCAACGGCUCAGCGCGUGCACAGUGCCAUCAAACUUCAGCAACAGCAGCAGCAAACAAAGACCACGCGCCUAAACAUACUCAGUCCCGAGAAAGUCCAUCGGCUGAACGCGAAACUCAGCGAUCAAAAGCAGAAACUUCGCGAGGAGGCUACAGCUCAUAGCAACGGCCAUGGUCAGGGACACACGCUUACCCAUGGUCAUGGGCGUGUUCCAGUCCUGCCCACCGGUAGCAUUGUAGAACGACGGAAACGCGCACCCCCGCCACCGGCACGACCGCAUUUAAACACGCGUUGUUGAGCAGCAUUCCAUUGACAAACAUUCCACGAUGAUGAUGAUGAUAAUGAUGAUGAAUAAAUUAAACAAAACGAUAAAGCAACGAAGAUAACGAAAACGAAGCGACAACUCGAAUCCUCUAAGCGUCGGCAGCGACGGCAGUUUAUAAAAUGUUCGAGUUCAACGGUAGUGCAUUACAGAGGAAUAGGCAAGGGCUGAAAGAGAGAAACCAGCACAGCAAUAGACUUGAAAUCAAAGCCAAAUCGACGCUUACCACUAACUGUUAUACAUAGUAUGACAGUUUCAUACAUACGAGUACAUACAUGCAAUAUAAUAUUAACCAAGAAAUGAUCUUGCCAGCGUAGAAACUUGUCUGCCUCAAUAGUACGUUCAAAACCUCAAAGCUUAAUAUUCAUCAAUCCGUUCCAUUCUGAUGUGGUAGCGAAUGAGGAUAAAAAAAAUGGAAAAUAAGCAGACAAUAAGAAUAGAAAACAGGUAUUCGCUCCACAUGUUAAAGAGAUCCUACUAUAAAUGCUCAUCAAUAAUUAUUUGCACAAAUUUAGGUGAGAAUAAGUUGUACUUAGGCAGAAGGAGUUCUUAAAACAAUAUCGAAACUAGAAUACCCUUCGAAAUCUUAACAUUUCUUCAUAGUAGUUAUAUUCCCAUUUGCGUAUGUAUGUUUGGUUAGGCGAUUUGAAAUCCGAUAGCAUUAUUUAGUAACGUUAACUAAAUUCCUAGAACUUAAUUUGAAACGACCGCAGCUAACGACAUCUUUCUUAUAUAGAAGAGGCACCCGAACUCAAUAAAAUUCGGUGUACUUAUUGAGUAUAACAGAAAUUUCAAUUUUGCUCAUUUGAAUUUGGGUUGAAAUAACUGUUAUACACCAUCCUACUUACCGCUGGUUGGCUGCGCUCUCUACGCUCUGUGAACGUUUUCUUUUUUCUACUUAUGAAAGGUAAAGUGCCUGUAAAAGUUGCAAUAUGUAUUUACAAAAUCGGUAUACUAUAACAAGUGUAUUAUAAAACUUAAACACACAAUUAGAAUGUACUGCUUAUUUAAAACAGGGUAUGCAAUAUAAAAGUCCAGCAAAAAAACAAAAAAAAUAAUAAUAAUACCGAACAAAAACUCGUAUCCUUAAAAUAUUAAACGCUAAGCAAUUUUUGUGCGAAAGUUAAAGAGAGAGAGAGAGGAGAACACGAACUUGUGCCAUGUCCACAGACAAUGUGCCCUUCAUGCGACGAUGCCGCAGAGUGAGAUGACAACAGUCUGUUUACGUUGUUGUUGCUGUUGUUGGCACAUUGCUUGGGUGGAAAACAAAAAUAUUGACAAACUAAAAGACAAAAGAAGAUAAUAUAUUAAAAAAAAUAUAUAUAUAUAUAUACAUAAUUAUUUUUUUAUACACAUAUAUUCUAUAAUUAGGGCUUAACUUAAUUUAUUACGGCUAGUUCUACCUACACACAUACAUACGUUAUACAUAUGUAUGCAACAAAAUGCCCCUCCUACAAAAGAAAAUAAGUGCUGCUAAAUACAUGCAUAGAUAUUUUACUUAACAAAUGUUUGCACAAACUUUUAUACAUGCAUAUAACAGUGAAAUUAUAAAGUCUAACUUAUGAUGAUAACAAUAAUGAUGGCGAUUAUUGUAUUUGUAUAGUGUAAAUUGUAAUCGAUUUUGCUCAAUGCAAUUUAGAUCUAAUUAGGUGUAUAAGUGGCACACAUGCUAACUGUUAUACAUACGCGAACAAAACAAAACAACAAGCAAUUGAAAUAACGUUACUUACGUUGUUAAACUGUUAUACUGUACUAAAUUUAGGCCUCAAAUCGAAACGCUUACAAUUAACUGCUAUACUAUAUUGAUUAUACAUAAUUAUACAUAUACUCGAAUAUUACAAGCAUUGGAAUUAUACGCAUAAUACUUCACAAGCCCCCCAUAUAUAUAAAUAUAUACUUAGAUAAAGCCAACAUAAUGUCAAUCAUCUGUGCAUAUGAGAUACUGUUAUAUAUUUAUGUAUGAAUAGAGCUCAUCAGCAUGUUAAUUUUUGUUCAUACCAGAUUCUUUUUCAGUGGCAUAUUCAUACAUACAA